UUAAUGUGCAAGUUUGGAAACGAGAAGUCUCUGUUAAGUUUUGCUGGACAUUUUUGUAUUGGAACUAUGCUUUUGCACCUGGCGGAAGGACAUGCCGUAUGACUGCCAGAUAAUUUAGACCUUUUUUCUCUCGUGUCAAUGGCUGUAAUCACUACGCUACUAUUGACACGAAUAUGGCGAUAUAGCGGCGCUUGUGUAGUUAUAGUUCCCCGUGGAUUUUUACCUGUGUUUGGAUUUUUUACUCAUGUGAAUAUUUUGAACUUUUUAUCAAUUUGAAGAGGAUAUAUAGAGUCUAUUAGAAAUAAAGAAAUCAUGAAGAGAUCAUCAAUUGUGAAGUGAUUUUUAACAAUGCAAGGCCCAGAGACUUUUCCCCCUGGGGGUCGCCCUCAGAAUCCUAGUCACCUCCAACCCUCCAACUGGUAUGAUACACUGGACAGGAAUGCCAACAUCUCCCUCAACUCCAAAGGCCUCCGCAAUGCUCCGGGUGAAAACAACUGCUUUCUUAACAGUGCUGUUCAGGUUUUUUGGCACUUAGAUGUAUUUCGUCGAAGUUACAGAAGAUUAUCUGGCCAUUUAUGCAUGGGAAACUCCUGCAUCUUCUGUGCAUUAAAGGUCAUUUUUACCCAGUUUCAGUAUAGUGAUCAAGCAUCCUUACCUCCUGAUGCCCUCCGCAGAGCACUAGCUGACUCGUUCACAAACCAGCAGCGCUUCCAGCUUGGUCACAUGGAUGAUGCUGCAGAAUGUUUUGAAAAUAUUUUGAGGAGGAUCCAUUUUCAUGUAGCCAAUGCAUAUCACGAGGACUCCUGUUCAGCUCCUCAUUGUUUGUCUCACCAGAAAUUUACCAUGACUAUUUUUGAUCAGUUGGUUUGUGUGUGUGGUGCAAGUUCGGAACCCCUCCGAUUUCACGAAAUGGUUCAUUACAUUACAACAAAUGCCUUAGUGUCCCAGUAUCGAUCCAUGCAAGAGACUGGGGACUUAAUUCAUAAUGACCGAUUUGGACUCUUGCUGAGAAAUGGAUGUGCACAGGGUGAUAUCCGAGACUGCCCGGACAACUGUGGAAAGCGAGUCCAGAUAAGGAAGACCCUUCUUAAUUCCCCUGAUGUUGUGAGUAUUGGACUUGUAUGGGAUUCAGAAAGGCCGGAAACUUCAACAAUUACAGAUGUCUGCCGCUGCAUCGGAACCACCAUCUUACUACAAGACCUCUUUCACUCUGUGAUGUGUAAAGAUGUCACCAAGUUGCCACGAUUACAGUUGUCUGCAGUUGUCUGUUACUAUGGAAAACACUAUUCCACUUUUGUAUACGACACUAAAUCCAGUAUUUGGAAAUACUUCGAUGACGCCACAGUGACGGAAAUUGGACCAAGGUGGGAACACGUUGUUGAUAAAUGUUCAAGAGGGCGUUACCAGCCAUUAUUGUUAUUGUAUACAAACCCCAACGCCAGCCCGAUCUGCACUGAUACUGCUCCAAAGAAAAGAGUUAUGGCCCCUGGUUUUGGGACUACCUCCAAAGGUGUGACUGAGAGGGAGAGUCGACCAGACGGAGGCAAACAGUCACGCUCCAAGUCCUCAUCUAUUGUGUCUCAGACUAGUGACCAGAUCAAUCCAAACAACCCCAGGGUCUACAAUCCAGACCAGUAUUCACCUGAUGCAGACGGACCAAAGCAAUCCAGCUCAGAGCACCGAAGGCAGCCUAGUUUUCUCAUAGCAAUUACUGGGAAGAAUGGAAAGAAGGUUAAUUCUGAGUAUGCUGUGCCAGUAACUAAUGCGCCAAUCAAACAACCUCUUCCUGGAGGUCAAGUGAAGUCAGAGCAGGCUUACUAUACUGACAACAGGUCUGGGUCACAGAGAGGCUUUGUCCAGCGUGAGGUCAUAGAGGAGGAUCAAGUGGAUGGAUAUACUCUGUCCACUAGUGACCAGUAUAGGCGUCCAUCACUGAAUGCACAAGAUGGAACCACUAAGUAUCCACCAUUAAACUUUAACAGAGUCAGUGAAGUUCAGAGGAAAGAAAGUUUGAAGAAAGGGAAGGGAAAAGUUGGAGUGGAUGUGAUUCGAUAUCAGGUGGAUCCGCAGAGGUCAUCCUCUGAUUCAGACUCUCAAGGUUACAGUGAUACUGGUGCAUCAACCCCACCUUCACUGCCACCUAAAAGGCUGACCCAUUCUCAGAGUUAUGAUGACUCUCCUGCAAAUCUUUCAGCAGACCACAUUGAUGUUAGGCAGCAUGUAGUAAUGAAACCUAAGCCCAGUGCUGCUCACGCCCAUGAUUAUGAAAACAUUGAAAAUUUGAUUCAUACACCUGUGCAGUCUGGAUUGGCUACUUUACCAAGAAACAAAAAAGGAACUAGAUCAAAUGCAGGUCAUCACUCCAGGCAAAGUUCUAUUACUGGAGAUAAUCCUGUGAAUAAUUCCAGACAAUAUUCUUCUUCUCAUAGUCGUCAGAGCUCCACAAAUACUCUUACCGAGUCCUGCCACAGCAGGCAGAGUUCGUCAAACACUCUGACGGAACAUUCCCGCCAAAAUUCCAUGGUCAGUGAACAUUGUGACUCCCAUUCCAUGACCUCUAAUGGUCAGAAUUCUGAAGCCAGUUCACGUCAGAGUUCCACAGUCAGUCAGCAUUCUGACAUCAUCAGUCAAGUCAGCAACAAUCACAUCUAUCAAAUGUCAUCUGCACAGUAUCAAAGACAGAAGUCUUCACCAGUUAUCAUGAGUAAUUCACAGUCCAGCAAACCAGGAGAGCCACUGAAGAAAGAAAAACCACCAAAACCAGCAAAACCAGACAAGAAAAUUGGUGUUUUAAAGAAGAAAAACAAUGUUUCACAACUAGAGACACAGCCUCCUCCAUUGCCAGACAAGAAGAAACCCCAUUCACCUGAGUACAUUGAUAGGAAGGUGGUAGAGAAUGUGCUGAAAUACCAAAGCAAAUUGUCUCGACAGGGUUCAACCAACAGCAACAUGAGCCAAACCAGUCAGAGCAGUAACACAAGCUUCGAGUCUGACAAUUUCAAUAUGAAAAACUCACCAGAAACCCAGUUUGACAACUUGUCACUAGAAUCUCAUAGGGAUUCUGGUUAUGGAAGCAGUGACAGGAACAGUUCUAGCUCUACAGGAAGCUCAACACUGGAUCCAUAUACUCAGUACUUCCUCAACAAGAGCAUGAUUCCUCCCAAAACCUUCAACCCACAAGCUGUGGCCGAAAAUAUGAGGAAAUUCAUUGACCCAAACUACCAGGAACCCCAAACAGUAAUAAUGUCCCAGUAUGAAAAUCAUCAGAACUAUACUGCCAAUACUUAUGGACCUUCAAAUGGUGGAAGCCACCCAGUGCCAUCAGAGAAAGGAAAACUGUUUUAUCCAGUUGUAGAUGGCUUUGGAAAUCCUAUUGAACAGUCCAGGCAGCUUUAUGAUCCAGCUAUAGUUCGUUCACACCAGGGCAAAGAUUUGAAUACACAUUAUGAUGGCCAGUACAGUUAUCCCAACAGCCACCCCACACCAUUAAAUUCUAGUUACCGCUCUACUGAAAAUGGACAAGCCAAAAACCUAGAAGGAGACCAAGCAUCAAUGAGUGAAUUCAGUAGCAUUUAUCAGGCCUCAGAAGAUCUCAUGGACCAUUGUGUCCUGGCAGAGACCAAUGGGAAUUUCCAAGAGGCCAUACGGCACUGCUCUCAAGCGAUAGAGUGCCUAAAGAGGGCUAUAAAAAUCCCUAAUCUCCCUAACCAGUCAUAUACAUAUGGUCAGAAGAAACACAACUCAUGUCUUCUGAAGGUGCGAAGUUUGCAGAAGAAGGCAGCCAUGAUGAGACAAGAAUCUAACUCAUCUAGUACGAGUUCUGAUAGUGCCCGCUCAUCACCUCUCAUUGUUAAUAGUAAAACCUAUGGUGAAGAUGUCAACACCCUUAACCAUGCUGGCAAACCUACUGAACCUUGCAUCAACCAGAAUGUUGCAAUGUUGCAGCAGACUGCUGUUCACUCACGGUCAAGUUCCCGAGAUUCAGUAGACAGUGUAAUAGAAAACAAGAACUACCGAGGCGAGAGGCCAAGUAAUGGUAGCUCCACAAGUUCGCAAAAACAAGGGACUUGUAAUUCUAGUCAAAGCAGCAGGACGUCAACUAGUGAUAGGACACUUAUUUGUAAUUCAAACAGUUUAGAUGUGUAUGGGACACUUCCAAGAAAGGGCAAAGCCAAUAAUAAAACACAAGGUGCUCCCAGCAAUUUUAAUCAACAGAAAGGGAUGAAUGGAGGUCGAAGUUCAAGGUCCACUACUCCAACUGCUUUUGACAGUAGUUCCACAGACUCUGAAUCACAAUACCAAAUGCAGAUGCCUGCAAAGCCACAAGUUGUAACAAAUGUAGCAGAAAUAAGGCCUCUUCACAACAAUUCUGGACCAUUGAGAGCAGUGCAUUCACAACCCAACAUGUAUGCCCACUACAGCACAUCAUCAUCAACUACCCCUAGUUCUGUCCCCGAGGUUUGUAGUUCCUUUGCCGCUCAGCAGAUGACUGCUAAGGCUCAACCAGUGCUGCCACCCAAACCCAAGCAGACAACAGAAAGAUCAAUGUCUACACUUCCUCCUAAAAAGGAAGGGAGUGCUGGGUCAUACCAGAAAACUGUGACCUACAAGGCUGGUAAACCAGCCUUUGUUCCUUCAUUGCCGUCCUCUGUUCAGUUCCAUUCUGCUACCCUCAGUAGUUCUAGGCGCCCCCUUAGUCGACACGCCAGCUUCACUCAGCCACGCCCGGUGUCUGAAGGCAACACCUCGGUGUUCGGCACUCGGACACUGGAGAGAUAUGCUUCACAACCUGACUGUCAGAAUCUUGCUUCUCUGCAACCUGAUACAACAGCAGGCUGUGCUAAUGUGGCUUGGAAAGAUGGUAAAUCUGUGAAUUCAUCAGAACAGCCAUCAUUGCAGGGACACUAUUCUAAAGAGACAAUACCUUUGUGUUCAGUUGGCAGCCCAACCACUCCCCAUGGAUCCACCAAAGAAGAAUCCUCAGAAGGAAGUGAGGUCCGACCAAGUGUGCGUGAUUUGGCAUCCAGAUUCGGCAGUAUAACAGUCCAUGACAGUCAUGCUAGGAAUUCUCACCCCAUCAGCAAACCCCCCAAUCCACCUCCUCCAAAAGGUCUAGCCAGCAGACAAAGGAGCAAAUCAGAAUCAGACUUUCGUAAUAUGCAGGAGGAACGGCCAAAGUCUGUUCUAUCCAAGAAAAAGAAGAACAAAGGGAAUGGACCAAGGAAGUCUGUAAAAUUCUGUGACAAUAUUGCCCUCAUCUCAGCUGCUGAUGUUGAUGGGUUUGGCAUUUUGCGAAAUCCUGAGGAAUUGCAUGCUGGGUAUGUGAGUGAUGAAGAGGGUCACAAUGGGGGAUUUUUCAGAAGUGCAUUUUCGGACAAUGACCUGGAGGAGGGGGACAGUUCUGACUCUCCAGUGGAAAUUUACGGAGGGGAGGAACCAUGUAACCUGUGCGGGAAAAGGGGGGUUGCUCCAGGACACACUUUGUGUUCUCAGUGUCAACUCUACAUGAGGAAAUUUCAGACACAAGCAUAAUGAUUACAUGCAGUGGUUAUAAAGGAUAAUUCAGUAAAACAUUGAUAUUGUGCUAUUUUUGCCUCUUCUAGCAAAAACUGUUAUGCUACCUGCCACUUUGUAGAUAUUUUUGUUUACAUUCAGCAAAUGUACACUGAUGGGGGUGAAGUUGUUUGUAAGUCGCAUUAGCUAGUAUACUGCCAAACCUGAAAACCUGCAGCAAUGGUAUCUGUCUCGUAUGUGUGUAUAUUUUUUAUAUAUAUUUUUCAUAGUAAUUAAAAAUUCAACAUUCUGAAGACAACACAUUCAGACACUUUAUGGAGGAAGACUAGUCAGUAUGUGUCUUUUACUAGAUUUGAAUAUGCAACUUAAAUAUCUGUUCAAUUCUUAAUGGAUACUUGAAAAUUUCAAAGACAUAACAUCUCUUUGGAGUCCGUCCAUCAAUAGGUAAAAUUGUUAACAGAAAGAAAAGAGCCAUAUCAAAUGUUUCUGAAGUUUUAGAGAUUUCAUCAUUUUUUUUUUUUUAAAAAGACAGGGAAAACAUGUAUUUAGAUUUAUAUUCAUGUUGUAUUCUACAAAUUUUUUAUGCAUUGUGAGAGUAUAUUUUAAAACAACACAUUUUAUGACAUUUUACAUGUUAACAAAUUUUUAACUGCCAUGUUUGUGUCUAGAUUUGAUCUCAAUGCACUGGGUCUGUGAAAAGUCCUCAGAACUGACUGAAGAAAUUCUCUUAAAUAUCUUGGAGGAUGUAGAAGGAAAUAUCUGUAGUCAAAUUCCUAAUCUCCAUUCAGUUUUCAGAACUUUUCAACACAGCAGGAGCAAGUUGUUAAGUUGUAUGUAUAGUUUGUACAUAUCAGAUUUAAUUUGUUGUACAUUGUUAUGUAAAAAUACUGUCAUUCCAAACAUAGGCCAUGCUUCAUUUACUCUAUAUUGCUUAUCAUAUGAAACAAAACAUAUCAAAAUUUACUAGAAAAAUAAAAAAUUAUGAAUUUA